AUGCCACGAGCUAUUCAUACUUUUGGUUUAUUACUACAAAUGUCGUCGACUCUAGUACCGCUACUGUCAGGUCGAGCACCAACGUUAGAGUCGGCAAAGAUUUUAAGCGAACUAAAUUUUCAACCGUGCCGGUGCAGCGAUUCAACAGUCGUCGCUUCUCCCUGCGAUACAGUACAUUACAUUAUGAGCGAACUAUUUUUGCAGAAAGUGAAAGGCUGGCACUACAACCCGCGACCGCCCGUGCUAGGUACUGCUACCGCGACCUGCUGGCACUCCGGCUCUUUUCUGAAGAAUUCAUCUUUCUAG